AUGAAGCAAAUCAACACCGUGAUACCCGAUUUAUCUGUCACUUUUUGCGCUUCAUCUGGCGCCUCUGCCGCCUGUUCUCUGGAGCAACAGACAUGGAAUCGCCCCGAAAAGGAUCUCUACCUUCAGGCGGGCAAGCAGACAGCAUGGAUGUACCUUGAAGAAAGGAACGAGGUCGAUAUCACCAACGGCAAUCGUGUCCCCACUACCAACGCUGAAGACAGCUGGGAAGAACGGCCUUGCGGCAUUUGGAUCCUGAAGACUCAUUUCACUGACCAUGAUUUGAGGAUCUUGACAGGUAUUCACGUUCUUUUCGGCAAGGAUGCUAUCGACUCACGACCAGGUUGGACACUGCUGAGAGCACCUCUCCAACUUGACGAUCAACCGGACGUGCCCGCACCAAGAAUUUCGGCGCGAUACAGCCGUCCAUUACAUAGACCCGGCGCCAUAAAAGCAACCUUGAGAGUUCAUAAAGACGGGAAAUUGAAGAUCGUCCAGAUAUCUGACACGCACAUGGUCACCGGUUCUGGGGUUUGCAACGAUGCCAUCGACGCAGAUCGUCGGCCUUUGCCCAUUUCUGAAGCUGAUCCAAACACGAUCCAGUUUUUCGGGGAUAUACUGGACGUUGAGAAGCCCGACUUAGUGAUACUCAGCGGAGAUCAAGUACACCACGGUGUUUCAAAUACACAAACCCCUCUAUUCAAGGUUGUGUCACUUUUGAUCAGUCGAUCAAUUCCUUUCGCGGUUAUUUUUUGGAAUCACGAUGAUGAGGGUAUUCACGCAUUAUCGCGCGAAAAACAAAUGUCAAUAUUGCAAGAUCUUCCAUGCUGUUUAGCGGAGCCUGGCCUCACGUCAAUCGACAGCGUGGGCAACUAUUAUCUCUAA